GUGAAAGAACGAAUUUCUGGGGAAGGCGCGAGCGCGUCACCACGAAUGCGCGCCGCCCGCAAACAAACAAUCACAGCAACCCCGCCACCGCACUCUCGCACCGACAGCGUCCUCAUGCCGCGAAACGAACCUCCGCAUGGCCUCCCUUCGCUCAAUCGGGGUCCAUAAGCCCGCCGCAUUGCAGUACCUGGUCACCGAAUCUAUCCUCAACGAAGACUGCACCGAAGGCGACUAUGUCUGGGACACUUACCCCGACGAAAGCCCGGAGGGUCCGACCGACGAGGUAGUCACCACUGAAUACCAUGUCGUCUGGUCACGAGGCGGCAUAGUCCGCAAGGCCUUCAACUUCGAGAUCGAGAAAGAGAAGGUCAUACAGGCGCUGCUCACGUGGUUUCCUCUGGAGGAGCCCUCUGGCGCGACCACACAUGGCCUCGGUCGGGGCGUGGAGUACAGUGGCCAUGAGCAAUCAAAGGCGUUUCUCACGCAGGGAACGCAGCCGGCUACGGAUCCCAACGCUGCGGCAGAUGAUGCUGCGAAUGUCGUUGAAACGAGGGCGCGGGCACUGGUGGUCUUCCUCAGGUCCCAGGCCCAUGUCUUCUUUCUCUCCGGGACCACACACAUCGUGAACCUUCCGUUCGAGGUCGACAGAGCUUUCCCAGCGGCGCGCGGACUUGUGGUACAGAGGAAGAUUGCGCCCCUCAUCCAUGCGCCUUCCAGCCCGCAGGUACCUAUGGCUCCCCCUAAUUCAUUCCUUACCAACAAUCAGUCGUUUCUCUCGCAGACUCUUUCUCAAAGCUCCACACAGGCUCACCGCCGUAAUAACUCUUCUGUGGCCACGAUUCGCGGCAACAAAGCUCAACAGAAUGGAUCAGCCGUAUUCCUCGACAAUCUCAUCAAGUCUGCUGCAGCCCCUAACACGGAAGGCCUUCCGAGGCUGUUCUCGUUCACAGAUCCUCUGUCAGAGCUGGGCUUGGUUGUCAACGUGCUGGUUGGUGGUGAGCGCAGCAGCAUGCUCUUGAAGAACGGCGAGGAAAAUCGGAGACUAGAAGCUAUUGACAAAGCCGAAGAGAUCAUAUACGUCUCGCCACAAAAUGAAGUAAUGUUUGACCGCAGCGGUAGCGACAAGCCUCUGCUGCUGGUCGUCACGGCAAAUUACGAGACAAAUUUAUUCACCAUCUGGUGGGCAGCGUACCUCGAGCCCAGAUCCAUCUCAGCUUCUCGCAAACAACACGCCCCCGUGCCGUUAUCUAAGUCUCGGCGACGAAGCUCGCAUGGCGCUACCUCCACAGGGACAGGUGCAACUACUCCUGCGAUUCGAGGUGGCGAUAGGCUGAGGGAGAGCUUUGGCGGAGCUCCACGUAGCAAGCCACCUGUACCAUCUUUCAGAGACGUUUCUCAGACGAGAGGAAGACUGACAGACCAAGCGGUGGACGAUGCCCUCGCUUCACAACUCAAUCCUGACUUCAACAUAGAUCGACUACCGAAAGAGUCUAGACGCGUCAGCUCCUUGCUCUCGCGAGCUGAACUAUCAACAAGUUUCGACAAAUCGGCAUUCCAAGAUUUGGCAACACAUCGAACAAGUAUAGGAGGUAGCUUCGGAGCUAGUCAACGCAGUCGGCGCUCGCUGGGUCACGAUCGUACAAGCUUUGGGGGUUACUCGCAGUCUCGCAACCGAGCUUCAACACCUGGCAGCAUUGCCUCACGGAUGAGCUUUGGUGGUGCGGAUGUUGACGACAAUUGUGAUGACACCAUGGAAGAGAGUCAAUACGAUCUCAUGGAGGAGUAUGAUGAGGUGGAUAACCUCUUUUCGCCACCUGAAGCGGGAGCUGAAUCUCAACCGACCGAUGGAUUACGGAAGGAGCUAGUAAUGGAAGCGGUCGGCGAGAUUCCAGCAACUCAGUAUCUCAAACCCGGCGUCUUUGCAUUGAGUGAUUCAACAGCAAGUGAACGUCCAAAGGUUCUGACUCUGAAUGCACCCUUCAACUCUGCGACUCUACACGAGCGGAAGAUCUACGUUUACAUCUCGCAUCCCUCCAUAAGCGCGCCGCUGGAAUGCGAAAUUGCAGUGACCCGAAAACGCUUGAAGGUCUCAGCAUCAACACUACGCCUCCAGCCGAGCAGCGAUGUCAACAGAUACGCUUGUUGGCCGAAACUAGUAGCGAUCAAGCAACUCACUGACGCUACCGAUUUUGUCAAGGUCCGGGCCGGUCAUGUGGAAAGACUUGCACUGCUCAACUCCUCCACCCCUGCGAGUGCUUAUUUGUCCCUGACUGCAGGCUGGGGUACUCACUUGCCCGCUAACAUCGAUCUGGGACCGCUCAAACUCUUCGAUCCGUACGCCAUUCUCGAGGAUGGGCAACGGGCCUCAGCAGGGUUCAAAAGGACGAUAACUCCCAAACGACCUUUGCAGCAGCUUAUGUCGCCGGGACGGGAGGGUCAAGUCGAUGUCGUUGACGCAGAUGGGUGGAGACAUCGCAUGGAAAUCGGACUUGCGCCUGUCGACCGCUCUGUCCGGGAAUACUUCCGUGUGCUGACCACAAUUCUUCCCAACUACGCAGGCGAUUUCCUUCUUCAGAUCUGGUGGAAUAUUCGAAAAACACUGCCCAAUGGCACAAUGAACAGCAUGAAUGGUGACUGGGUGGCCUUUGUCUCCACCGUCUUUACACUUGUGGUUCCCUUCCUGGAUGACAAGCUGAAAAAAGCGAACAGUCGGACAAAGUCUCAUCAACGGCGCAGCUCAGGGCGACCUUCCAGCCAGGCGAAACCAGACGAGGUCAUCGAUGAUGAUGAUUCGGCGUGGCGCCUGAUGUGCGACCGCCAAAGCUCACGCUUGCAUUCAAAGAGCUGGGCAUCAUCACCGUGGGGAUGGGCUUUGCACUCUGAUUCAGCAGCGACAUUGAUGGCCCCACCCUCGAAGCGUACAUCAGGACACCGAACAGUUCCUGUGGUGCAACAGUUGAGAACAAAGCAGAACCUGAUAUCUGAUUGCAUUCAUCUUGCUCGUCAAUUCUGCCAGACACCUGUGGGCAAGGCUGCAAACGACCAUUGGGAGGACAUGUCUCCAUCUGCAAAACAAGACCUGCGCAUAUCUUCCCUUUCAGAAAUUCUGGUCUCCCUACAUCUCUAUUGCGAGGAACUCAAACUCGACAUCUUUUCACAAGAUGUUAGCGAUUCACAAGCCGGGGAUCUAGCCCCAGUCCUCGCCCAACUUGGUCACUGGCUUCGUUGGGAGGGUUGGGGCUGGCAGAGAGGAGGAUUCUAUGACCUUGCUGGUGCCUCUAGUGACAAAUGGACAUACGACGAAUCAGCUUUGAGCUCCAAGGUACGGUUGCAUGCGCGGCCAUCAGAUGCACCGCCGCCUUCGAUACUAGACUGGCUUGGCACUGUUGUGGGCCCUCAACGCUAUGCCCCGUUUCCCACACUGGCGAUGCUUAUCAGGAAGUCCAAGGCUUCCCCUCAUUCGUCGAUCAACAUUGACGAGAUCGUUACCGAUGUGACUCCAAGGACUAUGUCCUUGCAUGGAUUCUUCCGCGACAUCGAUCCAACGUCCAGCCCGAGAAAGGUAGUGGAGCUCAUCGAGACCUGUGGAAUCAGCACAGACACCAUCGCUACUUUACCAGAAGCCGCAAAGGCGCCACUGAUGGAAGCCAUCACUAGGUGUCAGGCGAACCCACCGACCACCUGGUCAAGCUCUCUGCUCAAACUCGUACAACGUGAGGAUCUCGACCUGACCUCGAUCUCAAGUGGGGACUUCGUUCAUGACGUCCACCUGAAUCCGCUCUACAGUACUGCAGCAACACGCGAUGUCCACACAAUCUGUCAGAGCGCAGAUCGACCGGAACCGGUCCAGUCUACAGCUGAGGUCGAUCGCCACUAUAUUACCAGGCUUAUCUUCCGCGAAGACAGGCGAUUCAUGGAAGCACACACACUCCUGGAACCCUUGAGGCAGACGGUUGCUGAGUAUCGUGCCGACAGCAGAUCUGACGAAGCCGCGAUCCUGGAAGGACAGAAGAUCAUGAUGCGAUGGGUCAUGAUUCGUACCUUCUCGUUGCCGGUCGGUAGCUCCAUGAUCAAGUUCAGCAGCAAAAAGCCAUUGCUUACCGAGAAGUAUCCUUUGUAUGGCUUCUCCACGUCAUGUCUGAUGAAACCGAUGGGUAACGUCGUCACUGCUGAACGCCAAAACUACUCAGAAGAGAAGUACUUCUGGGCUUUCUUCAACGCUGGUGCUGCCGCCGGCCUGAGUAUCUCUCGAGACGCUCAAGGCAUCGAUACCUCGUGGAUCAUGUACAACAAGCCGGCCGAGUUGACCAAUAAACAUGCAGGUCUUCUCCUCGGUCUCGGCUUGAACGGCCAUUUGCGCACAAUCGCCAAGUGGUUGUCGUUCAAGUACCUUACGCCUAAGCACACCAUGACUUCAGUGGGUUUGCUUCUAGGCUUGUCUGCGUCUUUCAUGGGGACCAUGGAUACACUGGUUACACGUUUACUAUCUGUCCAUGUGACAAGGAUGCUACCGGCAGGAGCGGCAGAGCUGAACCUGUCGCCCUACACGCAGACGACUGGACUGAUGGGCAUUGGUCUGCUUUACUACAACACACAACAUCGACGAAUGAGCGAGGUCAUGCUGUCAGAGAUUGAGUACGUCGAGGUGCCAGAUCCGUCUGAACCUCCAGAGUCUCUUCGCGACGAAGCUUACAGGCUGGCUGCUGGUUUCGCCCUGGGUUUCAUCAACUUGGGCAAGGGCAGGGACCUGGGCGGUCUUCGUGACAUGCAGAUCGUACAGCGCUUGAUGACAGUCGCGGUGGCGCCGAAGUCGGUCAACAUCGUUCAUAUCCUUGAUCAAGCGACUGCUGGGGCAGUGAUCGCGAUUGCGUUGAUCUACAUGAAGACACACGACCGCAUGGUCGCCAGCAAGAUCGAUGUACCAGACACGCUGCCACAGUUCGACUAUGUCCGUCCAGAUAUUUUCCUCCUUCGCACUCUGGCAAAACACAUCAUCAUGUGGGACGACAUCGAAGCGAGCGAUGACUGGAUGAUGAAGAAUCUACCGGUAGAUUACCAGGAAGAUUUCGAUCUCAAGAAUAUCAACAAGCUACGCAGCGAGCAGAUGCCUUUCUACAACAUCGUCGCGGGUCUCCUAUGGAGUAUAUCACUGAAGCACGCAGGUACAGGCGACAUACAGGUCAGAGACUUCCUCAUCAAAUACCUUGACCAAUUCAUGCGCAUCACCAAAUUAACAUCCGUCCGCUACGAUUCCCGCCUGACCCGCAACACAGUCCGCAACUGCCAGGAUCUCAUUGCAUUAUCUGCUGCUACUGUCAUGGCAGGCACAGGUGACCUCGACGUCUUCCGCCGUCUUCGUGCUCUCCAUGGUCGCAUUGGCCCCGACACACCAUAUGGCAGUCACCUUGCGGCUCAUAUGGCCUUCGGUGCACUCUUCAUUGCCGGCGGCACGCAGACUUUUAGUAGAAGCAACAAGGCUAUCGCGAGUCUCAUCUGCGCCUUCUACCCCCUCUUCCCUUCAGACGUCCAGGACAGCCGCGCGCACCUGCAAGCCUUCCGCCACUUCUGGGUGCUAGCCGCGGAGCCGCGAUGUCUCGUCGUCCGGGAUGUCGACACAGGCCGUGCAAUCAGCAUGCCCAUCACCGUCCACUUCCGAGACGACUCGCAGCCACCAAAGAAUCUAGUGGCGCCCUGCCUCCUCCCCGAAGUCAAGGAAGUAUCCCGCAUCGAAACCACAGAUGUAAACUACUGGCCCACAACCCUCGACUUCGUACACAACGCAAGCCACCUGCUCGCCUUCCAGCGCAACCAAACGUUACACGUUAGAAGGAGGAGUGCGAGGGAUACGUACUCCACAUCCUUUUCUGCUACUCUCGUCGCCCUCAACGACGCCCAGUCCUCCCGCACGAGCCACCUGCUGUUCCACUGGAUCUUCAGCCUGCCCGCUAUCGCCGCGUUCGUGGGGACUAGCGACGCCGCGCUCGUUCUGCCUGUUGACCCGCACUCCAAGACCAUGCUCGAUCCUAGGAGUACGGUGGUUGAGAGCAGAUUGGUGCUGGGUAGGCUGGGGAAGAGUUGGAAGAUUGAUGAGCUGAGGGAGUUGAGAGGUGUUUUUGAGUGGGCGGAGAUGGAGAGUAGGAAGGAUGGGAGACUGAGGUGGUUGGGGAGGGAAGUGGUGGAGAGGUUGCGGGCGGGGGUGCUGGAGAGGGGACGGGGGGUCGGGGGAGGGUAG